CACCGGCGGAGGGCGGGGCUGUGUCAGUAGACGGGCAUCAUCAUCAUGCAGGAUACAUUGUUGCAGCCCCAAUGAUGAACGUGUUCGAAUAAGAAGAGGCGCUGCAGGUACGGCGUGAUAUCAUUCGGUUUUAAACAUAUCCCCACAAAACCCGUUUCCCCAACCAUGUCGGGCGGGGAUCUUCGUGUUCUUGGCCAAGAGCCCGGGCAGGAGAGCCCGAGGAUGCCGGCCUGGAAACGCGAGAUCCUUGAGCGGAGGAAGGCGAAGGGCGGCGGGUCCGGGGCAGGUGCCGAGUCUCUCGCAUCUCGACUUAACGGCGAGAUAGCGGCCAGCAAAAGCAAUGAUGAUGUUUCCAGCGCACAUUCCGGCAGGAACUACACCAUUACGCCCGCCAGCCAGCAUUCUGGUGGCAAACGCUCAACCAAAAGCCCUGAUCUGUCUCCGGUGAAAACAAAAGAGCAUUGGCCAUCCGCGGAGCCGAGCGAGUCGGAGGAGAGAACGGUAAUAGACAACGGAACGCAGGAGAGUCUGGUGCUGCAAGAGAGCUUGGGUCCGCUGCACGACAACCCGUUCAUUAAGUUUGAGAAAGAGCGCAAGAAGCGCCAGAACCAAGAGAACGCUCCUCGUCCCGUUCAGCACAUCCUGGAGCUGUACGGGAGCGUUCCCGGGAUACGGACUAUUCGCGCUGACAACAUCAUCAUUAUUGAAUCCGACCCGGAUUACUUUCCGGAAGGAUGUGGUUUGAAGCAUGCAUCGAAACUGCAGCAGAACGGCACGGUGAGCGGAUACAGCUCUCUCAAUGACCUCUUAGACCGGAGAGGUAGUCCGGUUACCGAGAUACGGGCAAACGAAGUGGUUAUUUAUGACACUGGGCUCAGCAAAAGCGAAGAGAACCUCAGCACGUUGGGACGGCAGGAUUCCGCCUCAGUCGAGGGGCAAGGCAGGGUGAGUCGCAUGCUCCAGAAAUUUGACAGGAAUUAUGGUAAGUUGCAACCCAAGUCACGCAGCACGGAAAACCUCCUGGACUUGGAUUCUAGUCCUAUCAGGCCAAGCUCCCGACCCAAACCUCAGCCAGAUGUGGUGCCAAAAGUUGGAUCUCCAAUCCGUAUUUCACACAGCAACGUCUUCCAUGACAACCAGUCUUCCAAUCAUCACGCCUCUCCUUGUGACUCAGGGAGCAGUACACCUGUGUCCGGGUCCCCUCAAUUAGUGUCUUCUGCACGUAGGCGUUUUGAUGGUAGUGGGGAACGAGGUGUGACUGUGCGUCCCAAGGAGGACACGGAGACGUCGCCGUCCAAGCCUGUUAGGAAAAAAGACUGGGAAAGCACAGAUGGGGCCUCCAAAGCCAAGGUGCCAUGCUCUCUGGAGAGCCACAGCCCCACGUCGCCACCCCUAUCGCCCAGUUUUGAGAUCCGUCCCUCCCCUCGCCCGGAUCUUUCCCUCCUUCCGGCUGGCGACGUACAGGCCCGUGCCCUCGCCAACCUGCGCCUCCAGUCUCGCAAUUCCUUCACCAUCAUACCCAAGAGUCGUGCUGCCAUCUCGUCCCCUGGCAGCACAGCACCCUCCAGCCCGGUCCUUUCGCCCCCAUCGCCACGAUCGCCAGUGGGUUUGGCAGCACCAGAGCCUGCAGUGCCAACUUCCUCGCCCGCUCCAUUAUCACCCCCCACACCGAAACUUACAGAAAAGGUGACUGUAGCAGCCAAAACGGAGUCUCCGCAGCUCACGCCCAGCUCACCCAUCCCAGCUUCACCCUGCUCAACUGGGUCGCCCACCAAAUCGGUCCUACUUCCAGAUGGACCUCUGGUUGACAAGCUGCCCAUCACUAACAUCGACGACAUAGUGGUGGAGGCCACAUCGCCCAUCCCAAGCCCUGCAGUGCAGAGCCGCAAAGGGAAUACGUUUACAGUCGUUCCGAAACGGAGGCAUGAGGCCCCAUCCGGCCCCGUUGAGUCCCAGGAGCCUGUCUCGGACUCACAGAGCACGCCACCUGCUUCACAGGCUCCCUACGCCCAACUGGGCACCCUGCUUAAAAAGCGCUACCCUGCUGCAGAGGAAAUCGAGGUCAUUGGGGGUUACCUCUCACUUGGGCGAUCCUGCCUUUCCAAGACUGGUUCAACAGGAAAAAAGCUGAAAAUAUCAUUCAAUGAGUCAAGCCUGCAGAGCACUUUCGAAUACCCAUCAGAGAGCAGCGUGUGGGACAGUGGAGAGGAGGAGGAGGAGGAGGAGGAGGGAGAGGAGAAAGGAGGAGAAGAUGAUGGAGGCAUCAGUGGGAGGAUAAGCAUUCCCCGCCCCAGCUACACAAGCUCACCCACUCAGUCCAACAACAGCACGGAUCUGUCCAAUUACACACCCAAACACUCAGUGCAGUUUAAUGCCUGGCAAGAACACAAACUUGAUAACGCUGCUGUCCGAGGUGAAGAUAACUCACAGUGUACAGAGGAGGUCAUGCUGACACCUGCUGAUAGCUCAUCUCUGUCAGACUUCAGCAGUGAACCAGCCCUCUACUUCUAAACCUUUCAGACGUCUGGAAGAUUUGGGACCAACCACUGCCUGUCCACAUGCACCAGCCUAAAGACAUACAAAAACGACUUCCAGAACAACGGGACCAGUAGCAACCAGCACGUCAGCAAACAUUGCGUAUUCCAUGAUCACACGCCAUCAACGUUCACAGCAGGACUGUUGUCAUCAUUGAUAUACACAAUGGAUUUAUCAUUCACUCAUUUGACCUCCAGUUGCCACGGAUUGUGAUUGUGAUAGACUCUGUUAACAUAGAAAAUGGCUUGACAGCCGCUGAAUCUAGGUAUUCCACACUCUCAGUCACUGUCUUGCUCUGGGUAUGUAAUCCUCAUAUUAUGAAAGUGACCAAAUUCCGAAAAGACAUAGAUGACUUUGACUGUCCUUAAAAUGGAGAAACUUUUCAUUGAGCGUGUGUAAUGGGAAUCGACAAAGAGGACAAUAAGUGCGUUAAGCGACAAAAAAUAAAAGCGAAAAAAGUUACGUAUGUAUGAUUGGUGAAAGGGUGCCACGAUCCUCGUUCGUUGAUGUUUGUUUUGUAUGUGCAUGUGUAGCUCUUUAUUGACAAGGCUUCCGAACUGUAUAAUUCAUUCAACUUUUGUUUCAAAUGUUUCUAUUGUAUGUCUGUGUUUCGUUUAAGAUGGUACACUAUUCUGAUGCACAACAGCUCCCUCUAGAACAUAUACAACUGAAACACUGUAUUCUAGCAACAUGAUCAGUUUUUAGAAACAGCUCUUAAUUCAGGAAUUGGUAAGCACGUUCAUUUUGCAUUGGUUUUCAUGGUAAUAGAACUUGAUUGAUCAAUUCAACUAAAAUGUGAUCAAAUUUGAUUAUUAUUUGGGCACCGAAAUGCAACUACAAACAUGCAGUGUCAAGAGUUAUGCGGUGAAUCUCACAAAAAACAUGUCCAGAUCAUAUUUCACCCCAAAAUCAAUAGAUAAACAAAUCUGAAAUUAUAUUGAACAUUAUUUGCAUGACAACCCAUUUUCCUCCCAUUUAUUUAUCAUGGUAGUAUUAUUUUUGACUGUUUUUUGCAGAUUUAAUACAUUAAAAAGUACUGUAUUACAGUAAUGAGACUAUAAUGAUAAUCACCAUUGAGAAUAAUGGAGAUCCGAAAUAUUCUAAAUUCCAAAACAAAAAGGAAAAAAAAUGUAAGUGAUAAUUUGCAUAUAGAAAAUGAAACCUAAUUUUAGGACUAUAAACACGGUGACAUUAAAAACAAUUAAGAAUAUUCUUAUUACCGUAAUGAAUCCAAAUGUUUAGUCAUUUCCAUUAUUCAGGUCUCAGUUUUUACUGCAUUAAACAAAUUACUGCCUUUGUUUUAAAUCAGCAUGAAGACAGUACGAGAAAUACUACCAUGUAUCAUGGCAAAAAAAAAUACAAAAUAGGCCUACAAAAUGGGUUGGAUUUCAGGCUUUAAGUCAAAUAUAAUUUCUUACAUUGUGGUGUUACCAACCAAUUAAUGCAUUCAUUUGUCAAUAAUCGUGCUUUAGUUUAUAACCGUGUUUUGAACUUGUCAUCCUUGCGAUGUACGAAAUGGAGCACUCGGUGUGUCAUGAAGAGAACAUUAUGUAGUGGGUUUGUGAGUGUGCAUGCCGUGUGCAUGGGCCGUGUGUGUGUGCGACAGAGAUUGACUACAUACACACAAUGCCAACUGACUCGAGUGUGUCAUCCGUAAACUGACUACAGCAUAUCUGACCACUCGUCUAUUAAGCCUCUCCGACCAGUAUUGAUGUAUAGUUUGUACACUCCGGGAUGAAGUUUUCAUAAUUUAUUUCAUGCAUCGUGUAUCACUUUUAAAUAUUUUUUGGUCCAUUUUAGUCCAGGAUUUUGUACAUGUAUAAAGUUACAUGUGGUUUCUUUGGACAACUUGCAUCUCAGUCCUUGCAUUUGCAUCCAUUCAUUUGCACUGUCUGUUUUUGCACCUUUUGCCGUCAUGCUUGAAACCUUGCACUUCAGUUCUCUCUGGGUUGGAAUAAUGCUUUUUAGGAAUCUAAAACAUUUCUGUCCUCACAAUUUUUCUGCAUUUAAAAAAUAAUAAUGUUAUGACUUGCAUAUUGUGAUUUUUAACACAAACAAAAAGCUGGCUAUUGAGAUAUACGAAGUGCAAGACCAGAACCGCUCAUUAAUAUUUUCAAUUUCUUUAAAUGUUUAUUUUUAUUAAUGAUGCAAAUUUGAUUUACAAUGAAGUGUGUCAUUUCUGUGCCACUAAACAUUACCAAACGGAAUUGCAAACAGAUUUCCUCAACACUCCUGCCUGCCAUUGGUUAAAUAAACCGUUAGUCCCACCCCAAAAAUCAUGCCAUUGGUUGAGCUGGUUGACUACUCAUUUGAUAAGCUGUGGCUGAUUACACUUUUUAGGGAAAUUAUCGUACAGAUGGUUUACGUAUAGUUGAGUCUGCAUAUUAAGCCGGGAUGGAGCAAGUAUCAAAAAACAAAACAAUGAUUCGCUCAUCUUUAAGAGAGGGACCUUAAAUAAGGCUAUUUCACCAAGUGUUCCACCAAAUUUGACAUGAUUCUAGUAACAGUUUACUGUAUGUCACUUUAGUACUAGGCUUACCAACUCAGUCUACAUCUACAAUAUCCCAAGCAAACAUGAAAUAUUCUUGAGGGAUGUAAAUUAUAAGGUUAGGUUGGGAACUAUUGCUUUUGUGUCUUAAGUGAUGCGACUUCAGGUGCUUCAUUAGUUCCUGUAACUCCAGCCAAGCCUCAAGCUGGUCAUUGCUCUGGUGUAAGUUAUUGUACUGUAUGUCAAAGCAUUCUGUUUUCUGCAUCAAGAGAAUAUUAAAUGUACAAUUUGUUUGAUGGAUUCUUCAAAAUCAAUAUCAGAAACAAACACAAGGAAAUGUUUAAUAAACAGAUGA